GACUCCCACCCUUGUUACAUGGGGUGGUGUAGCUGGUACUGGUUUAAUAUGGCUCACAGACUGGAAACUGGUCCUUCAGUAUGUUCCCUAUGUUGGUGGCAAGUUUAAAACUGAAGACUCCCUCUAA